AAAGGGAAACAAGGAUUAAAAAUUGGCAAGUGGUGUUUUGUGUUGGUGGAAAAGAAAAAAGAAUUGGAUCUGGAGUUGACACACACCAUCCUGUUCCAAUUCAGUUGAGAGAGUGAGUGUGAGAUGGGUGGUUCAUGGAGUAAUAAUAACAGUAAUAACAGAAACAUAAGUAGAAGAAGACAUAAUAGUUACCAUGAACACUAUCCACCACCUCCUUACUAUUAUUACUCUUCUCAGCCUCAGCCUUUGAUGCCACAGCCACAGCCACAGCCACAGCCUCCUCAAGGUUACUUCCCUCCUCAUCAAUACUACUCAAAUGGAUAUACUCCUGCCAAUUCCAUGCUGCCUCAGCCUCACCAUCCUUUCUAUGCAACAACAAAUACUCAACCCCUUGAUAUUGAUGUAAAUGUUGUUCAAGCACUUCCACCACCACCUCCAUACACUGACCAUGAAACUGCAAAGAAGGUAAGGAAUGAUGUGAACUUGCAUAAACACACUCUGCAGCUUUACCAGGAUCCCAACAAUCCCGAUCACCACUUGAUUUCCUUUGUUUUUGAUGCCCUCUUUCCUGGCAGAAUUACAAUCUUCUACAUAGCCAGAGAAGAAGAACAUCAAUGUAGGUUUGUUCCUCUAUUUCCCGAAGCAUUUGAGCCGAUCACGUUCCCAUUCCAGAAAGGAGUUGGCCAGAAAUUUUGUCAGCCAUCAGGAACAGGCAUUGACUUAGGUUUCUUUGAUUUGGAUGAUCUUUCAAACCCUUCACCUGAAGAAGACAUAUUUCCCCUCGUCAUAUGCGCUGAAUCAACGCCUUUGCAAGAUCAUGAUACUCCUGUCAGUUCCUUAGCAGAUGCAUCCCCUCACAUGCAAAUAACUCAAGCUGUCUUGGAGAAAAACAGUGACACUGGUUCUUUCCAGGUUAAAGUAGUUAGGCAGAUUCUAUGGAUCGAUCAAGUUCGUUAUGAGCUCAGAGAGUUGUAUGGAAUUGGUAACUCAACAGCACCUGAUUUCGAUCGUAAUGAUCCUGGAAAGGAGUGUGUAAUAUGCAUGACAGAACCAAAGGAUACUGCUGUCUUACCUUGCCGACACAUGUGUAUGUGCGGCGAGUGUGCAAAAGCUUUGCGGGUUCAAUCAAACAAUUGCCCUAUAUGCCGCCAACCAAUUGAGCAACUGAUAGAGAUCAAGAUAAACAAUGAUGACCAAUGACAUCAUUUCACCCUGAAGCCAAGCUGAAUAAGGACAUGUUUUUUUUCACUUUAUGUAAAUAAUAGUCAAUAAUCUGUUUAUAGUUCAUAUGUAUUGUAAUCAAUAUAAAAUUAGAUUCUAUGUGGUUUUCCUGUUGAAUGUUACUCCUGCUCAUCUAUAUUGUACAGGUGAAUAUUUUGUUGUGUUUUUGUCUGUGAGUCGUGUUUAAGAGAGGAUCAAUUGCAUUGUAGAUCUGGUUUGGCCACUAGAAAACCUCUCUGUAGUGUAUCUUGAGGGUGAAGGUUCCUCUAAAGAUUUGUGUUUGAAAAUUAUCAUAGCUUUAAUCAAAAUUUAA